GAAGGGCGGUGCUCAGGGACUAGGUGCGGAGCCGCCAGGGCCGGGGGCGGAGGCAGGUGAGAACCGGUGGUUGGGGUUGCCGGCUGGUGAGAGGUUCCGCCGGACUCCCGGCUUCUCUGGCUCAGUGUCCCCGACUCUGGGGAUCGGUCCCGAGCGGUCGGCGAGUUCCAAUGUGAAGUGAUUUGGAUCUUCGGACAAACGAUUCUUAGGAGCCAUGCUGUCAGAAGUCCUGCUGGUGUCCGCUCCAGGGAAAGUCAUCCUUCACGGAGAGCAUGCUGUGGUUCAUGGCAAGGUAGCACUGGCUAUGGCCUUAAACUUGAGAACAUUCCUCCGGCUUCAGCCCCACAGCAAUGGGAAAGUGUGCCUCAACUUACCAAACAUUGGCGUCAAGCGGGCCUGGGAUGUGGCUGGACUUCAGCUGCAGGAUACGAGCUUUCUGGAGCAGGGUGACGCCACAGUGCCCACUGCAGAACAAGUGGAGAAGCUCAAGGAGGUGGCUGGCAUCACCCAGGACGGCGCCAAACCUGAGGGCCUGGCUGUGCUGGCCUUUCUCUACCUGUACUUGUCCAUCUGCCGGAAGCAGAGGGCCCUGCCCAGCCUGGACAUCACGGUGUGGUCACAGCUGCCCACUGGGGCCGGCCUGGGCUCCAGCGCCGCCUACUCUGCGUGUAUGGCCGCCGCUCUCCUGACCAUGUGUGAGGAGAUCCCAAACCCUCAGAAGGAUGGAGUGUCCGCCAGCAGGUGGGCCGUGGAGGAUUUGGAACUAAUUAAUAAGUGGGCCUUCCAGGGGGAGAGAAUGAUUCAUGGGAACCCGUCUGGAGUGGACAACGCUGUCAGCACCUGGGGAGGAGCGCUCCGGUUCCAACAAGGAAAGAUCUCCUCCCUGGAGAGGCCACUGGCUCUGAAGAUCCUGCUGACCAACACCAAAGUCCCUCGCAGCACAAAGACUCUUGUGGCCAGUGUCAGGAGCCGGCUGCUCAAGGUGCCCUCCUGGUCUGCUCCUGGGCGGGGUUAUGGCAGGGCCUCAGCAGCCACAUCUGGGGGCUCGAGCCUUCCCUCUGCCCCGUGGUUCCCAGAGAUCAUGACACCCCUGCUGACCUCCAUCAAUGCGAUUUCACUGGAGUGCGAGCGGAUGUUGGGGGAGAUGGCUGUGGCCCCGGCACCAGAGCACUACCUCGUGCUGGAAAUGAAACCUUCUCCUCCUCCAGGAGCUCAUCGACAUGAAUCAGCAUCAUCUCAAUGCCCUUGGCGUGGGCCAUGCCUCACUGGACCAACUCUGCCGGGUGACCAUGGCCCAUGGACUGCACAGCAAGCUCACCGGCGCGGGCGGCGGUGGCUGUGGUAUCACGCUCCUCAGACCAGAUCUGGAGCAGCCGGAGGUAGAAGCCACGAAGCAGGCUCUGAAUGACUGCGGGUUUGACUGCUGGGAAACCAGCAUCGGGGCCCCCGGCAUCUCCGUCCACUCGGCUGACUUCCUGGACCCCUCCGUGCGCCAAGCCCUGGAUGGUCUCUGAGAUGAACCUGUGCUGCUGCAGCCCCACCAAGAAGCCCCUUCCUGGGGUAUUCUAGGUGCCAGAGUCAGCUUCUGUGCUGGCCAGUAAGCCCCAAGGCCCUGUGCGCCAGCCUUUCCAGCGGCCACACCCCUCCAUUCCCAGCAGUAUGAUCUGGAACCAGCACUGGGCUGGGGUCCCUGGAAGACCCAGCCCGUGUCCUGCCUUCUCUUGAGCUGCCUGGGCAAUGGGGCCAUGUGGGGUCCUCUGUAAUGUGAGGGGCUUCCUUCCUGUCCUCCCUGAAGCUCCCACACCCGCCUGCUUUGGGCCGCUGCCGCCUUCUCAAACCCUCUGUCCACUUGGUUGGACACUUGGAUGCAGUGUGCCUUCUCCCUCCCUCUGCCUUUACCCUUCCACCUAUCUCUCAGGGUUU